AUGGGCAAGAAGACCUCUCGUCCGUCGGCCAAGGUUGGCACAUCCGCCUCGUCGGCCGGAGACCUUGCUGGUGCAAGCAGCAAAUCAUCGAUCCUGCGAGCAGCGUUUUCCCCGUCAGAGUACCAAUUGGCUCUGUUCGCCUCAGUGAUCCAAGGCCUGGAUGCGCAGCACCUCCGAAUUCACGACGUGAACACCGGCCGCCUACAAUGCGAACAUGCUUUGGGACCUAAGGAGACAGUCACUUCAUUGGACUGGGGAUAUUUUGGCGGCAAGAAUCGCGAUCAAUCAAAGAAGAAGCGCAAGCGCGGGUCCGACGUGAACGGUGCGGUGGAUGGAUUGGACCAGGGCGAUGUCGUGGUUGCGUUUGGUACCAACACUUCCGAUAUUCGGAUGUUCUCCCCAUCCGAGGACAAGAUCGUCGGCACUCUGGCUGGAGCCCACGAUAAGGGUAUCAAGGACUUCAAGUUCAGCGCAGAGAAGCCCGGCCAGGAGGCUUGGAGUAUUGGCGGAGACAACAAGCUUGUCCAGUGGGAUCUCCGCACUGGUCAGAGCGUAAGGACAAUCCACUUGCCUGCAUCAUCCACAUUCACUGCUCUUUCUCGCCCCAUCUCCUCCAACACCCCCGUCGUGUGCGCUUCGCAGACUCCUUACCUCGUCAAUGUCGAAAACUCCGAAGAGCAACCGAUCAAGUUCCCCGCGAUGCGCAACCAAAUCCAUACCGUCAUCGCUUCAUCUGGCUCAUUCCUCGCUUCCGACGGCGAACGUUUCGUGAACGUUUUCGAAGCUUCCAGCCAGAAGCUCGUGCGCAACCUUGUCGCUGAUCAGGAUGUUACCUCUGUCUCCCUGCUUGAUAGCACUGCCCCGGAGAAGCAGAUUCUUGCCGCCGUCACUGAGAAUGGAACGAUCGAGUUCUUUACGAAACCGUUCGCCCCCGCUCCUGCCCCCGCCGCUAGUGCCAAGGCUAGUCGCAAGCAGAUGACCCAGAAGGCAAAUGCCUCGCUCAAGGUACUGCGCACCGGUGAAUCGGAGUCUUGUGUACCCGUGGUCUCGACUGCUUUCCUUGGUCCUGACAUCGUGGUUGCAUACGCCGAGGGUGGGGUGGUCCCAGUCUUCCAACGCGUUAAACUGCUCGACGAAUCUACCGAUGAAUUGUCUUUCACAGGAGUCAAGGCCGUUGUCAAGACCAAGUCUAGCUCUGCCAUCGCAUCUGCGGCUGUCAAUGGUGCGAAGAAUGCCACAGAAGGCCGAGUAGACGAGACACACGUCGUCGUUGCAGCGGGUAAUAUAAUGGAUAACGACAUUGAGAUGAAGGAUGAUGACGAUGCCGCCGGCUCUGCUUCCGGCAGCGAUGUUGAUUCCGACGUUGAAGAUUCGGCCAAGCCUACAAGCGAAAAGAAGUCCAAGUCUACAAAGCAGGCUGCUCCCGCGGGCGAGGACGUGGACAUGGACAAUGGCGUGUCAGAGGACGAAGAGGAAGAGGAGGAGGAAGAAGAAGAAGGCGCUGAGCCAUCAUUUGGCGAAAUCAUGCGCGCCAAUGCUGGUCAAGAAGUCGAUGUCGAGGCGGAGUUGGACGAGGAUAACUUGAUGGGCGCCCUGGUGCCCGGCAAGCCCACGACCGCUGUUCAACAAAUCCCUACAGGCGUUUCACUUGCCACCGUACUCACCCAAUCUCUCAAAACCAACGACAAGGACAUGCUCGAAUCCUGCUUCCACACCGCCGACACCUCCAUCAUCCGCACUACGAUCCAACGCCUCGAGUCUCCUCUGGCUGCCACUCUUCUCCAGAAGCUUGCCGAGCGUCUUUCUUCCCGACCCGGUCGUUAUGGUCACCUUCUUGUUUGGGUGCAGUGGACCUGCGUUGCCCACGGAGGUGCCCUGGCCGGUCACCCCGAGCUGUUGAAUCGCAUGGCGACUCUCUACAAAGUGAUGGACCAGCGGUCGUCAAGCUUGCCAUCUCUGCUCUUGCUGAAGGGCAAGCUGGACAUGCUGGACGCGCAGCUCGGCCUUCGACAGUCGAUCCGUGGAGGCGACGAGAUGGACAGUGAGGAUGAAGAUAAUGUUAUCUAUGUAGAGGGUCAAGAUGACGAAGAAGAUGAUGAGGGCAAGCCUCGAACCAAGUCAAUCCGCGAUUCAGCCUUCGAGCAAGACGAGGAUGAGUCAAUGAUGAACGGUGUCGAGGAUGAGUCCGACGAUGACGACGAUGAGGAUGAGGAGGAUGAAGAUGGAUACGAGGGUGUCUUGGACAUCGAGGCUGAAGAGUCAGCUGAUUCAUCUGAUGCCGAAGAGUCUCUCGAGGAGAACGAGGAUGACGAAGAUGAGGACAGCGAAGGUUCCUUGGCGGACUUUGUCGCCGACACCGAAGAUGAGGAGUCCGACGACGAGAUGAUUGAGGCGCCUCCCCCGUCAAAGAAGACCAAAACUACCGCGAGCAAGAGAAAAACUGGCAAGAAAUAA